GCUCGCUUCAAUAUGUGGUUGUGGAUGUGAUGUCGGUGGCCUUUGAAGAUCUUCCGCCCAGUGAUACUUUGAUCUUCUGCUACAACAAUCUGGAUCAAUUGCUUGACCCGAGACUCCUCACCAAGUGUGCGUUCGGGAUCUGGAGGCAACGGGGCCAAGCCUUCUGCGAGCAUGUUUUCGUUUCCUGGAUGUCAACAAUGCGGAGCCUUCCGCCGAACGAGGUGAAUCGGGUCGGUGAACGUUUUUCUGGCAACACAUUUCUUACACGCUGCUUGGCCCUUCUCUAUGUUGCCGCCCAUGAUUUGGAGGAUUUCAUCCGUGAAGACUAUCGUGUUGCAGGCAAGUUUCGCUUUCCUGAGUCUUUCUCCGACUUCCAUGACAAACGCUGGCCUGAGGAUGCCUUGGAAGAUUUUCUGCACCAGACGUUUGCAAGUUUAGUGAUCGAGCUCAUUCGGGAGAAGAUGGUUGUUCGCACAGUGCAGGAGUCCUUCCCAUGUCAAUGUGUGACUGUCAAAAGUGAGCUUUGGAAGCUGGUGAAAGGGGAGAAAUUGUACAGGAACCACCCAGCUAGCUUUUUGCGAGGUCUACAUGAUGGGCUAGGAGCAGACCUGUUGAUGGCGUUGAUCGACAAGGGUCUGCCGAGAUGGUAUUGGGCCAGCUGCUUGGGCCCGUUCAAUGACAAUCUACUCCAGUACAUCAUUGAGCCAGCAACGGAUCUUGUGGCCAGGGACGGGAAGGAAGAAGCCGAAGGAAGGCUGUGCAUAUGUUUAGCACACAGAUUCAGCUUGGAAGAGUUGUGCCAUCGGAACCAGGAUGGCAGAAAUGCCCUGUCCUACGCUGAGGAGUUUGCGGGGCACUUUGAAGGCAGAAGGGCCUUUCUCUUUCCAGAGGAUGGAGCUAUUUGGAUUCAAGUGCGUGAUGUGAUCAAGCAGGAGAUGGAAACACAUGCUAGGGCAUUUCAGGGCAAUCUGCUAGCCUUGGUUGAACUGACACGGUCUGUGCGAGCUGGCCUAGGUGGCAACCUGGUGAUGACGACUCUCUUGAAUCGCUUGCCGCAUUUGAAGAGCAAAUGUGGCAACGAGCAGCAACUGCUCGAGAGGAUGGGCUGGAGGUUUGUCGAGCGCAACAAGAACAGACAGAUACAGGAAGUUCUGAACUGGCAUUUCCAAGCAGUGGGACGUGGCAUCCGAGCAUGA